AGUUAUGGCAAUUAUUGUGUAAAACAUCAACAUUUAGUACCCAUGCUCAAAGAAUAUGAAGAGGCAGAAGAAUAUUGGACAGGCUUUAGGAAAGGGCAACACAAUUAUCAACAGCAAGAAAUUCUAUCUAAUGAUGAUAUUAACCAAAUGGAUAAAGAAGUAUGUGCACAAUUUGGAGAAGCUUUCCAAGAAUGUAGCAAGAAAAUGGAAACUUUAACCCCUAAAGUUUUCGGACGUAAAAGAGAAAACAAUUCUUCACCAGAAGACAGAGGUAACUAUGAUUCACCAUUAAACGGUACAGAACCUAAAAGACGUCGCUCCAUUACUCCUGAUCAACGAAGACCACUACCUGAUGGAGGGGAUCAUUAUGUACCAAAUUAUGAUAAAGAUGGUUAUACACCAGCCCCCAGAUAUCAUGGUAGAGCUUCAGAAGUACGAUUUGCCCCACCUGGGUAUCCUGUCAUGCAAAUGGGAUUUAAUGUCCCAAAUCCACAAAUGCUUCCUCCUGGGGCACCUAUUAUGCCAAUGGAUUGGGCAGGUCCAACCGGAAGGCAAGAACCUUUAAAAGAUCCGGAUCAACUAGACUUUCUGGUUACAUUUAAAUAUUUUUCAGAUUUUAUGCAGUAUACCAAUCCAAAAUCCAGACCUGGUGAUGAAGAACUACACAAGAAAUACAAUGAAUACAAAGAAGCAUUUGCUGUCAAGCAGUUAAAAACAUUUUUUGAAGCACAUCAGAAAGAAGAAUGGUUUCUUGAGAAAUAUCAUCCUAAAUAUAUGGAGCCCAGGAUAGCUAUUACGAAAGAAUUGAAAAAGAAGCAGUACGAACAAUUUAUUUCUGAUCUAAAGGAAGGAUUACUUGAUAGUAUUAGUAAUGAUGUCGUUGAGGAAAAAGAGGAUACUACAAUUACAAAUACUGCCACUGCUACUACCGCUACCGCAACUACUGCAGCUACUGCCACUACUGCAGCCACUACUGCCGUCGCUAUUAAACAAGAGGAUAAUGAUGCCAAGCUAGAUAUUAAAAUCGAAUCUAAUGAAGAUUCUCACAGACUUUUUAUAAAAAGUGUCUCGCCAAAUAUUCCAAGACAGAAAAUUGAAGAAAUGUGUAAGGAAAUUCCUGGAUUUAAAUAUCUUGCACUUUCUGAGCCUAACCCUCAAAAAAAAUUUCACCGUCUUGGAUGGAUUGUUUUUGAAGAGGAUACAGACAUGGAUAGUGCGUAUGAAAAACUUAAUGAAAAAAAAAAUCAAAGCGGGCCAGUUCGUAAUCGGAUUACACCCGAAAUUGCUAAUACACCAGAAAGGUUAAAAAAAGAUUUAAUUUCAGCACAAAAACUCAUUGAAAAACUUGAUAAUGAUGUAGAUUCUAAUACAUUUGAUGGAAGUAAAUUGAUCAAGCAAAGAAUUGGUGUUUUUCUCAAAAACGAAGACCCAGAAGAAAUCAAUACAGUAGGUUAUUUGAUGCUUCUAUUUGUGGAUAUGUAUAUUGAAUAUUUAAGACGUGUUCAUCUAUUUUGUUAUUAUUGUGGAAGUGAAUCUGAUUCCAUUGAAGAACUUUCACGAAAGUGUCCUGGCCGUCAUUUGAGAAGUUUAGUUGGAACAGAUACAAAAAAUCCUUCCAAAAAUACCAAGGAUAAACAAGUUAAUGCAACUCAAUGGCAGAAGACUUUGGAAAAUAAGAUUGCUUAUAAAACUGAACCUUGGAAAUUUGAGGAAGAAGUUGAAAAACAAGGCGGACAAAGUAUUCAACAAGUUCUUGAUAAAUUUUAUCAAGAAAAUGUGAUUGAGGUUGACCCUGGCCGUAAGUUUAAAUGUAAUUUGUGUUCCAAGUUAUUCAAGGGAGCUGAUUUUGUUAAAAAGCAUAUUGAUUAUAAGCACAACGCAAAAAUUGACGUUACUACAAACGAGAUUAAGUUUUAUAAUAAUUAUGUGCUUGAUCCCAAUCAUUUACUUCCGACCACGCCACCUAAUCCAACAGCAACGCUUAAUGUCCCUCAGAAUGUUACACCAAUUCCACCUAAUCCGUUUCCUGUAAUGACUAAUGCACCACCACCACCUUUUAUGGGGUUCAGUUUUCCAACAAUUGUUGGGGCAGCAGCUGGAACUCCGCAUGAUCAAAUUCCAAGGAUUGGGUUUGAAAUCAAAGAUGGUAAUGGUCAAAGAGGACAAAGAAUUAAUGAUAAAAGAAGACAAACGAAUCUUGGUAAACAAAGUGCUGAUCCUCGUCAAGUUAAAUCAUAUGUUGAUUUGGAUGCCCCGGCUGAAGGAGAUAUAGAAAUUAAGUAUUAG